AUCUACACACUACUACUCACAUCUCAUCUCUCUCUAGCACAUACCCAUCAAACCAUAUAGAUACGGUGCUUUUAUUCUUGAUCUUCUUCUUCUUCUUUGUCUUCUCCUCAGAGUCAUGUCUAAUCCAGCUUGUUCGAAUCUCUUCAACAAUGGAUGUGACCAUAAUAGCUUCAACUAUUCCACUUCUCUCUCUUACAUUUACAACUCUCACGGUAGCUACUAUUACUCUAAUACCACAAACCCUAAUUACAUUAAUCAUACUCAUACCACUUCCACUUCCCCUAACUCACCCCCACUAAGAGAAGCUCUUCCUCUUCUUAGCUUAAGCCCCAUAAGGCACCAAGAACAACAAGACCAACACUAUUUCAUGGACACCCAUCAAAUUAGCUCUUCAAACUUUCUUGAUGAUCCUCUUGUGACUGUGGAUCUUCAUCUAGGGUUACCAAACUACGGUGUUGGUGAGAGCAUUAGGAGCAAUAUUGCUCCUGAUGCAACCACGGACGAGCAAGAUCAAGAUCAUGACCGAGGAGUAGAAGUCACAGUUGAGUCCCACCUUGAUGAUGAUGAUGAUCAUCAUGGAGAUCUACACAGAGGUCAUCACUAUUGGAUUCCUACUCCUUCUCAGAUUUUGAUUGGUCCUACACAGUUCACUUGUCCUCUUUGCUUCAAGACAUUCAACAGAUACAACAACAUGCAGAUGCACAUGUGGGGACACGGCUCACAAUACAGAAAGGGACCAGAAUCCUUAAGAGGAACCCAACCAACAGGAAUGCUAAGACUACCAUGUUUCUGCUGUGCACCCGGUUGCAAGAACAACAUUGACCACCCACGAGCCAAGCCUCUUAAGGACUUUCGAACCCUCCAAACACAUUACAAACGUAAACAUGGGUCUAAACCAUUUGCUUGUCGUAUGUGUGGUAAGGCCUUUGCAGUGAAAGGAGAUUGGAGAACGCAUGAGAAGAAUUGUGGAAAGCUUUGGUAUUGCUCUUGUGGCUCGGAUUUUAAGCACAAGAGGUCGCUUAAGGACCAUGUCAAGGCCUUUGGAAAUGGUCAUGUUCCUUGUGGGAUUGAUAGUUUUGGAGGAGAUCAUGAGGACUACUAUGAUGCUGCUUCUGAUAUCGAGCAAUAAGAUGAUAGCAACAACAAUGAGUGUUAAUUAGGGGUUUUGUUUAUUUUUCCUCUCAUGCAUUAGUUGAUUGUAUGCACGUGUUCUUUAGUUUUGUUCUUCGGAUCUUUGUUUUAUUUUGUUUUGAGCUGUUUUUUUUUUAAUUACUAAGAAGUUAAUUAUCAUCUAAAGAUUUUC